UGCAUUUCAGUUUUGUUUCGUGAUCAUGGCACGACGUAAAUUGCAAACUAAACGAAAUUCGGAACAAAGUGACAGUUCUUCAAGUAGCUCAAAAGAUGAAACAGCUUUUGAGUCACGUCAAAGAUUUACCUUUACAAACUUAUGCAGUGACACAAGUCGUGAUAAGAGUGGAAGUGAUGUUUCGGAAGAUUCAAGCAGUGAUGAUUCUUCAACGAAUCUAAAAAUGUCUCAAGGAAAAAAAAACACUGCCAAAAGUUGCCAUUUGCAAAGUGUUUCGGAUGCAAGUAGUCAAUCACGCGAGUUGGAAGCAUUGCAGCAAUUCAAUCGUUUAAAUAAAGAAAAGAAAAAUUUGAAACCAAAGCAGAGUAGGAUCGGCAAAUUGCAAGAUUUUUGUGAUGCCAUGGAUGCGUGUAGUCCUGCAAGUCUUACUGGUGGAUCGAAAGUUGCGGGUCCUUUUGUUGGAAAAAGUAUGCACCAGAAAAACGGGAACAAACUAAUGAGUAAAGGUUUAGUGGUGAGUCAAAAGACGCGAGAAGAAAACGACAGUGAUGGUUCCAUUGAUGAUCUUCUUCUUCAAUUAAAAAAAACGACACUAACAAAAGCAUCAUUGAAAAAUCAAGAGACGUGUACCACGAAACCUUCGCUAGAUGCAAAAGAUGGUUCAAUAGAUCACAACAUCAAGUCAGAAACGUUGAAUGUUUCAAAUGAAGAAGAGGUCAUGAAAAAUGAACAAGUCAUUUCAUUACAAGCCGUGAGUGCAAAGACACAAAAAAAUCGAUUGAAAAGAUUAAAAAAGAAAAAAACAACUGGUCAAGUGGAUCAAGGCAUUUCUCCAAAUGUUUCUGAACCAUGUACAACAUUGAAUCAAAAGACGCCGGUCACUGAAACUGUGAAAGGAGCUCCACUUUCAGUAGCAGCACGUUUAGCACAAAAAAGACGGUUGCUGGUUGAAGCUGAAAAGAAACGUCUUGAAGAAGAAAAACAACGUGAAGAGGAAGAAGAAAAACGAAAAAUUGAAGAAGAAGAGACUCGAUUGAAACAAGAAUUGGAAGAAAAAGAGAGAAAACGACAAGCAAGACAAGAGGCUAAGAUGCGGCAACGAUUAGAAGGGAAACCUGUUACAGUGGCGGAGAAAAAAAAAGCAAAACUUUUACAAGAAAAACGCUUAAGUUUACUUGAACGUUUGAAAGAGUGUAAUCCGCUUGUGUUAAACAUGGAUGAAAACGAACAAGUCAAAAAAUCACCUGUUGUUUUAAAAAAAAAAAAAAAAAAAAAAAGUCCCGCAGAAAACAAACAUUUCAACACCCAACUGGACUCGACAAUACCUGUUUCAAAAACACCACUCGAAGAUGACCAACAGAAAGACAGUUAUGAACCAGUGAAGCAUCAGGAAAAUAUCACGUCUCAACAAGAGUCGUUCAACGACACUAUUAAAACAUUACAUGAUCUUAGCGAUUGGGAUAAAAGUGAAGACACUUUAGAUGAAAAACCUCUAGUCAAAGAAAAGAUUCCUGUGUUGGAAGACUCUUCGCUUAGUAGUUUUAAAGCGGUCAAAACGACGUCCAUAGUGACUCCUUUAUCCACCGCUACACCGAAAGCUGUCAAGGCAAUUUUUCCACCUCCUCAUGAAAAAACAGUCACUUUAACGCCUGAAGCCACGACGCCCGCUUCAAUCAACCAAACAUCUUCAAACCCAUUUUUAAGAUCUCCUAUAUGUUGUAUUUUAGGUCAUGUUGACACAGGAAAGACAAAAUUGUUAGAUAAAAUUCGUCAUACUGACGUGCAAGCGAAUGAAGCUGGUGGCAUCACACAGCAAAUAGGAGCCACAUUUUUCCCAAGAGACGCUCUUUUAGAACCAUGUAAAAAAGUUGGAACGGACUUUAAUAUGCAAGUGCCUGGUUUAUUAAUCAUUGAUACACCGGGCCAUGAAUCUUUUAAUAAUCUUCGCUAUCGUGGUUCCUCUUUAUGUGAUAUUGCUAUACUCGUCAUUGAUAUCAAUCAUGGAUUAGAGCCGCAAACGCGCGAGUCAUUAGAAAUGUUAAAGGUCCGCAAGUGUCCAUUUUUGAUAGCGUUGAAUAAAAUUGAUCGUUUGUAUGACUGGGUCGCAACUCCUUGGGAACCUGCUCAAAAAACUCUUAAGAAACAAAAAGAAUGUACUCAACAAGAAUUUUCUUCAAGACUAUCGGGAAUUUUGUUACAAUUAGCGGAAACUGGUUUGAAUUGCGAUCUUUGGUGGAAUAUCGAAAAUGUGAAAAAAACCGUGUCAGUGGUUCCAACAUCAGCUAUGACGGCAGAAGGAAUUCCUGAUUUGUUAUAUUUGUUGGUGAAUUUAACGCAAAGUGUUAUGACAAGAUCCCUUUCGUUAAAGGAUACUUUUCAAUGUACUAUUUUAGAAGUGAAGGCGAUUGAAGGUUUAGGUAUGACCAUUGAUGUGGUUCUUGUUUCGGGUGUGCUAUACGUGAAUGAUCGACUCGUUAUAUGUGGCAUGAAUGGACCUAUUGUUACAACAGUUCGAGCCUUAUUAACACCGCAACCAUUAAAGGAACUCCGCGUAAAAGGAGAAUAUGUACAUCAUAAAGAAAUUCAAGCGGCGAUGGGAGUCAAAAUCUCAGCUCCUGGUCUAGAAGAGGCUGUAGCUGGAACAUGUAUUUUACUUGCGAGAGAUUUGGAUGAAGUCGCUGUAGGACGUUUACAAGAGGAAGUCAUGAAGGAUAUGACGAGUAUUUUAUCCAAUGUGGAUCGUACAGGAGUAGGCGUUUAUGUUAUGGCUUCAACGUUAGGUUCAUUAGAAGCUUUAUUACAAUUUCUGAAAACAUCCAAAAUUCCCGUUUUCGCGGUUAAUAUUGGUUCCGUACAUAAACGAGAUGUGAAAAAAGCGGCUGUCAUGCGUGAAAAAGGCCAUCCUGAAUAUAGUUGUAUUUUAGCUUUUGAUGUUAAAGUGGACGUGGAAGCUACUAAAGAUGCGGCUGUUUUUGGAGUCAAAAUUUUCACUGCUGAUAUUAUUUAUCAUUUGUUUGAUAACUUUGAAAAAUAUGUUCUUGAAGUCACAGAGCAAAAAAAAAAAGAAACAUUGAAUCAAGCCGUGUUUCCUUGUAUAUUAUCUAUUUAUCCCAAUUGUAUUUUCAAUAAAAAAGAUCCUAUUGUACUUGGCGUGAAAGUUGAAGAAGGUCUUUGUAAAAUGGGAACCCCUUUAUGUAUUCCUGAUAAAAAUAAUUUUCUUCUUGGUCGCAUUGGAAGUAUAGAACAUAAUAAAAAACCUGUGACGUCUGCCAAGCAAGGAGAUGAAGUCGCCAUUAAAAUUAUUGGAGACAGUAAUAUUAUUUAUGGACGUCAUUUUGAUCAUACAAGUAAACUUUACAGCCGAAUUACUCGGGAUACUAUUAAUUGCCUUAAAGAAUUUCACCGGGAGGAACUUAAAAAACCUGAUUGGCUCCUUAUCAUGAAAUUAAAGAAAAUUUUUGAAAUUUUAUAAAAUUGUUACUGGUUAUUUUUUUUUUUAUAGUUCAACACGACUGGAUCGUUCUACGAACGAGAAUGCCUUUACUGGUAAAGUAGUAUUAAA